AUGACUCUUCUCUACGCAUACCAACCAAAUCAUGUCGCACCAAUCAUUCUUGCCCUCAUCGUGGUCUCAUCGCUUCUGCUGCAUGCAUACCAGAAUUUCAAAUACAAGUAUUGGAAGAUUACCUUCUUCAUGGUUUGGGGAGGGCUCGUCUUCGCUACUGGAUGGAUCACACGCUGCGCCUCAACAUACAAUCAACAGAACAUGAGUCUUUACAUCAUACAGUACGUCUUCACCGUGGCCGGUCCGCCCAUUUACUCGGCCGCCGAAUACAACAUUCUGGGACGCCUCCUAAGAUACGUUCCUAUGCACUCGCCUCUACACCCCGACCGUGUGCUGUACGUUUUCAUAUACCUGGGCACAUUGGUCGAAAGUCUCACCGGCGCUGGCGCCAGCAUGUUUGCGACGGUUCGACCUGAUGACCAUGGAGGAUACAAGACCGGAGGUAUACUCUUGGCCAUUUCGUUGUUACUACAAACCAUGGUGGAGUUCGUCUUCGUCUCCUUGGUCAUCAUAGUCCAUCGACGUUGUCUUCAAAGUGGCACUCUUCCUCGAAAAGUCCACCGUCUUUGCAUUAUGCUCUACGGCACCUCGACAUUGGUCUUCCUACGCUGUCUCUUCCGCGCCAUUGAGGCCUUUGCUAUCUUGUCAGUCUUUGGUACCGGAGAAUGCCACGGCCUCUGCCAUACUGUUGUCUUCCACGAGUGGUACCUCUAUGUCUUCGAAGCAUUGCCCAUGAUUCUGUACACUCUCUGGAUCAACCUGAUGCAUCCAGGCACCAUGCUACCUAGCGAUAAAAACAGAUACCUUGAUGUCGACGGCAAAACCGAGCGCAUCGGACCAGGCUGGAUCGACAAAAGAUCGAGAUGGGAAACAUUCGCCGACCCUCUCGAUCUCACUGGCGCCAUCCGCGGUCACCCCUCUCACGAAAAGUUCUGGCUCGAACCACAAAGAUGGCCCUUGGCUCAAGGCACCGAAGCUCCUAUCCAAACCGUCAACGACCAUCCACCUAAAGCCUAA